AUGGCUGCCAAGGCGCGCGCCUUGGCCGUGUACGUGCACUGGCCAUUCUGCUCUCGAAUAUGUACCUACUGUGAUUUUGUCAAGUAUCCAGCCAUCAAGCAGCCGGCAUGGUUUCGUGGGGCCGGUCGCGGGGCUGACCCAACGCACGAUGAGGUGCUGCAGGCCUAUCGGCGACAGCUGACACAGCUCGUACAACAGCUGCCAAGCCCCAACACUCAGCGACAGCUGACUUCUCUCUACUUUGGUGGUGGAACCCCGUCCCUCAUGUCCCCCUCCCUCUUGCGUCGUCUCGUGGAUCUGGUCUACACCAUGUUUCCCCCUUCCAGCCACCCUGUUGAGAUUACCCUUGAAGCAAAUCCAGACAACAUUACCCGUGACACCCUGGCUCGAUGGCAAACAGCUGGCAUCAACCGCCUCUCGAUUGGUGUUCAGGCCAUACGGGACCCCCUGCUCCAAGCUCUUGGUCGCCAGCACUCAGCUGAAGUGGCACUGCGUGUUGUCAAGCAGGCACAAGACGUCUUUGGUUCAACGGGUGUCUCGCUGGAUCUCAUGUUUGGUCUUCCAGGCCAAGCGCUGGACGACUGGUGCACCGACCUGGACCAUGUCUUGACCGAGCUCAAGCCUGCGCACAUGUCCAUCUACGAGCUCACCGUCAAGCGUGGCACCAUCUUGUACCACCAGACCAAGUUGGGCCUGAAAGUUCCAGAUCCAGAUGACUACUACUUUGCAACACAGGAUAUUUGCAGUGCCCAUGGUCUCGAACGCUACGAAGUUAGCAACUACGCCCAGUCUCCAACCAUGUUUUCGCGCCACAACAUGGCCUACUGGCGUGGUACAGACUAUCUGGGCAUCGGACCUGGUGCCGUGACUUCUACGAUUGAUCUGGUUUCUCGUCAACUCGUGCUCUGUUACCAGGCCAAAUCUAUGUACCUGGCAGUGCCCUCGCCUUUCAAGCGCCAGCCAGUAUUGAGGUACCAACAAGUGCACACAUGCUUACUUACCCUGCGCGAUGGCGAUGGCUGCAUGGCAACUCUUCGUCAGCGCUGGCGCCUAGACGGCAUGGAUCAAGCUUUGAUCAAACGCACAAUGGAGGAGGCCGUGACGGAUAUCGUGGCCUUUCUGUGCCGUACGCGGGAGCCUUUUGAUCUGGCCCAAGUUGCCGCCCAUUUUGGUGUCAGCUUGCAGCCCAAGGCGCGCAAGGAGCUGCAGCAAUUGGCGCAGGCAGGCUUGCUCGAGUACUCUGAGAAAAUCCAGCCUACAGCCUGGGCAUCACGCUUCAACCAACCCAUCACUGAAGCCGGCCAUUUGCCAGCCAGCAUUCGGCUCACGGGCAAAGGCUUGGAUGUUUGUAACAGGCUCAGCACAACCGUGGCCGAGCUACUCUUGGUAUAG